GGGUGUCUCUGGCAGGGCAUCUGCCUUGUGGCGGUGUGUCCCCUGGACCCAGCCCAGAGCCUCUUCUGCCUGUGACCUGGCCCACUUCCCGUGAACCCCUUCCUGGCGCUGGCAUGGCCAAGGCCGGCCUGAGGGGCUGGCUGCUCUGGGCCCUCCUCCUGCAGGCGGCCCGGGCCGAGCUGUACACGCCCACGCACCAGCCCGGCUACUGCGCCUUCUACGACGAGUGCGGGAAGAACCCUGAGCUGUCCGGCAGCCUGGCCUCGCUGUCCAACGUGUCCUGCCUGUCCAACACGCCCGCCCGCCCCGUCACGGGCAGCCACCUGGCCCUCCUGCAGCGCAUCUGCCCCCGGCUCUACUCCGGCCCCAACUCCACCUACGCCUGCUGCUCCCAGAAGCAGCUGGUGUCCCUGCAGGCCAGCAUGGCCAUCACCAAGGCCCUGCUGACCCGCUGCCCGGCCUGCUCGGACAACUUCGUGAGCCUGCACUGCCACAACACCUGCAGCCCCGACCAGAGCACCUUCAUCAACGUGACACGCGUGGCCGCGCGGGCGGACGGCCAGCCCCCGGCCGUGGUGGCCUACGAGGCCUUCUACCGGCGCAGCUUCGCGGAGGCGGCCUACGACUCCUGCAGCCGGGUGCGCAUCCCCGCGGCCGCCACGCUGGCCGUGGGCGCCAUGUGUGGCGCCCACGGCUCCGCCCUCUGCAACGCCCAGCGCUGGCUCAACUACCAGGGGGACACGGGGAACGGUCUGGCGCCGCUGGACAUCACCUUCCACCUGUGGGAGCCCGGCCAGGCCGCAGGGAGUGAGAUUCAGCCCCUGGACGGGGAGAUCACUCCCUGCAACCAGUCCCAGGCCAACGGCACAACCGCCUGCUCCUGCCAGGACUGCGCCGCGUCCUGCCCGGCCAUCGCCCAGCCCGAGGCCCUGGAUGCGACCUUCCGCCUGGGCCGCAUGGCCGGCGGGCUGGCCCUGGUCAUCAUCCUGUGCUCUGUCCUCGCUGUGCUCACCGCCUUCCUCACGGCGCCCCGCCUGCGCCCCUGCAGGAAAACGGGGGGGACGCAGGACCCCAAGGCCAGCCCCAGCUUCUCCAACAGGCUCAGCCUCUCCACGCACACCCUGCUCAGCCGGGGCUUCCGGUGCUGGGGCACGUGGGUGGCCUCGUGGCCCCUGACAGUGCUGCUGGUGUCCAUCGCUGUGGCGGCGGCCUCGGCCGGGGGGCUGGCCUUCAUGAAACUGACCACGGACCCCGUGGACCUGUGGUCGGCCCCCAGCAGCCAGGCCCGGAGGGAGAAGGAGUUCCACGACCAGCACUUCGGCCCCUUCUUCCGGACCAACCAGGUGAUCCUGACGGCGCCACGCCGGCCCGGCUACAGCUACGACUCCCUGCUGCUGGGGCCCAAGAACUUCAGUGGGGUGCUGGACACCGACCUGCUGCAGGAGCUGCUGCGGCUGCAGGAGCGGCUGCGGCACCUGCAGGUGUGGUCGCCCGAGGAGCAGCGCAACGUCUCCCUGCGGGACAUCUGCUACGCCCCCCUCAACCCGAGCAACGCCAGCCUCUCCGACUGCUGCAUCAACAGCCUCCUGCAGUACUUCCAGAGCAACCUCACGAGGCUGCUGCUCACCGCCAACCAGACGCUCACGGGGCAGACCGCCCAGGUGGGCUGGCGGGACCACUUCCUCUACUGUGCCAACGCCCCCCUCACCUUCAAGGACGGCACGGCCUUGGGCCUGAGCUGCAUGGCCGACUACGGAGCUCCGGUGUUCCCUUUCCUCGCCGUGGGCGGCUACAAGGGGAAGGACUACUCUGAGGCAGAGGCCUUGAUCUUGACCUUCUCCCUCAACAACUACCUUCCCGGGGACCCCCGGCUGGACCAGGCCAAGCUCUGGGAGGCGGGCUUCCUGGAGGAGAUGCGGGCCUUCCAGCGGCAAACGGCCGGCAGGUUCCAAGUCACGUUCAUGGCGGAGCGCUCCCUGGAGGACGAGAUCAGCCAGACCACGGCCGAGGACCUGCCCAUCUUCGGUGUCAGCUACCUGGUCAUCUUUCUGUACAUCUCCCUGGCCCUGGGCAGCUACACCAGCUGGCGCCGCGUGCUGGUGGACGCCAAGGUCACGCUGGGCCUGGGCGGGGUGGCCGUGGUGCUGGGAGCCGUCCUGGCCUCCAUAGGCCUCUUCUCCUACGCGGGCGUGCCCACCUCCGUGGUGGUGCUCCAGGUGGUGCCCUUCCUGGUGCUGGCCGUGGGGGCCGACAACGUCUUCAUCUUCGUCCUGGAGCACCAGAGGCUGCCGCGGAAGCCCGGGGAGGGCCUGGAGGCCCACAUCGGCCGGGUGCUGGGCAGCGUGGGGCCCAGCAUGCUGCUCUGCAGCGUCUCCGAGGCCAUCUGCUUCUUCCUGGGCGCCCUGACGCCCAUGCCCGCGGUGCAGAACUUUGCGCUGACCUCCGGCCUCGCGGUGAUCCUGGACUUCCUGCUGCAGAUGUCAGCAUUCAUGGCCCUGGUGGCCCUAGACGCCCGGAGGCAGGAGGCCUCCCGGCUGGACGGCUGCUGCUGCCUCCGCAACCAGAAGCCGCCCCUCGCCGACCCGGGCGAGGGGCUUCUGCUCCGAUUCUUCCGCAAGGUCUACGCCCCGUUCCUGCUGCACCGGGUCACCCGCGUGGUCGUGCUGCUGCUGGUGCUGGCGCUGUUCGGGGCCUGUCUGUACUUCAUGUGCCACAUCAGUGUGGGGCUGGACCAGGAGCUGGCCCUGCCCAAGGACUCGUACCUGCUCGACUACUUCCUCUUUCUGAACCGCUACUUUGAGACGGGGGCCCCGGUCUACUUCGUCACCACCGGGGGCUACAACUUCUCCAGCACGGCGGGCACGAACGCCAUCUGCUCCAGCUCCGGCUGCGACAGCUACUCCCUCACCCAGAAGAUCCAGUACGCCGCCGAGUUCCCCGAGCAGUCCUACUUGGCCGUCUCCGCCUCCUCCUGGGUGGACGACUUCAUCGACUGGCUGACGCCGUCCUCCUGCUGCCGCCUGUAUGCCUUUGGCCCCCAUAAGGACGAGUUCUGCCCCUCCACCGUCACCUCGCUGGCCUGCAUCAAGAGCUGCGUCAGCUUCACCUUCGGGACGGUGCGGCCCUCCGCGGACCAGUUCAACAAGUACCUGCCCUGGUUCCUCAGCGACCCACCCAACAUCCAGUGCCCCAAAGGGGGCCUGGCAGCCUACAACACCUCUGUGGACUUGGGCCCCGACGGCCAGAUUUUAGCCUCGCGCUUCAUGGCCUACCACAAGCCCCUGAAGAACUCGCAGGAUUACACCGAGGCCCUGCGGGCCGCCCGGGCGCUGGCAGCCAACAUCACCGCCGACCUGCGGAAGGUGCCGGGCACCGACCCGGCCUUCGAGGUCUUCCCCUACACGGUCACCAACGUGUUCUACGAGCAGUACCUGACCGUGGUGCCCGAGGGGCUCUUCAUGCUCAGCCUCUGCCUGGUGCCCACCUUCGCCGUCUGCUGCCUCCUGCUGGGCAUGGACCUGCGCUCCGGCCUCCUCAACCUCUUCUCCAUCAUCAUGGUCCUGGUGGACACCGUGGGCUUCAUGGCCCUGUGGGGCAUCAGCUACAACGCCGUGUCCCUCAUCAACCUGGUCACGGCGGUGGGCAUCUCGGUGGAGUUCGUGUCCCACAUCACCCGCUCCUUUGCGGUCAGCACCAAGCCCACCCGGCUGGAGAGGGCUAAGGAGGCCACCAUCACCAUGGGCAGCGCGGUGUUCGCCGGAGUGGCCAUGACCAACCUGCCCGGCAUCCUCGUCCUGGGCUUGGCGAAGGCCCAGCUCAUCCAGAUCUUCUUCUUCCGGCUCAACCUGCUCAUCACCCUGCUGGGCCUGCUGCACGGGCUGGUCUUCCUGCCCGUGGCCCUCAGCUACCUGGGGCCCGACGUCAACCCAGGUCUGGUGCUGGAGCAGAAGUGGGCAGCACAGGUGGAUGCGGCCAGGACCGCCGCCUGCCCGAAGCACUCCUCCCCAGCCUGCCCCGCCAACGGCGCCCACGUCAACCACGCCUAUGAACCGCCCCCUGGAGCUCCGGCGGAGGUGCUGCCAGCGGCCCCCCGCCCCAGGCCCGGGAGCAGCUGUCCCUGUGGGAGAGCCCGCGUUGGGACUCCUUCUGGCCGCCAGGCGCCCCGCGGGCCCGCCACUCCAGAGCCAGGCCCCUGGUCUCCACGUCAGGCGAGCCUCAGCCAGCACAGGCUGGCCUCCUCCUGCCGGGACCUGGCUCUCCGGGCCCGGAGAGGGCUGCACACCUGGGCCGCCGACUCAGAGCAGCCGCCCACUUCCUGUGCGCCCCCCAUGCCGCCUUCACCUCCUCUUCAGUGUCCCCAAGGACCCAGGGCAGGACCCACCCCACAGGAGGCCCGGGAGGGGCUUCCUGCUGGUGGGGGUCACAGAACGUUCUGGAAAACGCUGGUCACGAUGGACCCCCGCUGGGAAGCACCGCUCAGUUUGGCCUUUAGCUCCCACGACUGGACAGUUGAUGCCGCCCCCGUGGAGUCGCUCGUGGGUCGGCUCCGCGGCGACCUCCUGGUGCGGCCACCCGCCUGCCCCCAGUUCUGCGCCCGGAGCGCCUCCGCGGCCUCAGAGCAGCCCCGCGGGAGCCUCCGCGGAGAAGCGGGAGCCGGGCACACGCCUGCUCCGGGCCGUGCGCGCCAGCGCUGA